GUUUACUAUUUACAGUUUGUAUUUAUAUAAACUCAGAUUUAUUUUGAUUUGUUUUGAAAUUUUAAGCUUUCUAUAAAAAUAGAACACACAGGCCAGUAGUAUGACAGAGAUGACAGAUUGUAUCAUAUGUUUCACCUUGUCUGUAAAUUUACUCAUUCCCAUUUUAAGUUAAUCUUAAAUUGCAUUUAAAGGAAUAAAAAAGUGAUAGAAGUGAAGUUUUGUUUCUUUGGAAUUAUUAAAAAAAUAUAAUUUUCUAAGAUCAAAAAGCUUUGAAUUGCAAUUAUUUGUUGAUCGACACAGAAAUAAUUGGAAUAGAUAAUGAGUUCUAUAUUUAGAAGAAAGUUGUUUUUAUUUUUUAAUUCAACAAUUCGAACUCAUAAACCCGUUGUUUCGCGAAGAACACAAUACAGCAGAGCUGCAAUUAAUUCCACAACUGAUAUAAAUCAGUUUUCAAAUGAUGUUGUUCCCGUUUUUAAACAUGCAACUCAAUUUGGUGAUAAAACUGCACUACGUGAUAUGCAUGGCGAUUAUACAUAUCGUGGUAUUUUCUUGAGUGCAAAACAAUUUGCUAAUGAAUUAAAUAAACUUUUUGGUGAAGGGCAACAAGAACGAGUUGCAUUUUUAAUGCCAAACGAUGCUUCUUAUGUUAUUGUUCAAUGGGCCUGUUGGAUUAGUGGUCAAAUAGCUGUACCUUUGAGCGAUCAACAUCCACCAUCUGUUCUUGAUUAUUAUAUUAGUGACGCUGAUGCAAAAGUGAUUAUUACAACUAUGGAAUAUUUACCUUUACUUGAAUCAGUUGCAGAAAGAAGUAAAAGACGUUUAAUAGUUUUCGAUGAUGUACUUCGAGUAUCAGCAAUGAAAGUUGAUGGAAAAAUAGAAAAUAAAGCUGAGCAUGAAUUUGAAAAUUCUCUCGAUGCAGGUGUUAAGGGGAAUUUCUAUAAUAAUAGUAAUGCUAUGUUUAUUUAUACAUCGGGAACAACGAGUAAACCAAAAGGUGUGGUUCUAAGCCAUAAGAAUCUACAGGCCCAAGUUAAUUCAUUGGUGACUGCUUGGAAUUACAACAAUAAGGAUAUUAUUCUACAUACAUUGCCUCUAAAUCAUAUGCAUGGAAUUGUAAAUUUACUCUUGUGUCCAUUAUAUGUUGGUGCACGUUGUAUUAUGUUACCAAGAUUUGAAUCAUCAUCAGUUUGGAGUCAAUUAAUUGCUAUUAAUUUACAAAGUUCUGAACGAACAAACGUUUUUAUGGCAGUGCCAACUAUUUAUAUGAAAUUAAUACAAGAUUAUGAACAACUUUUUAGUAAACAAUCAAAAAUUAGGGAGUACAUUUAUAAUGUAUGCAGUACAAAAAUUAGAUUAAUGGUUAGCGGAUCAGCUCCUUUACCUAAACCUAUUUUUGAUAGAUGGGAAAAAAUAACUGGACAUCGUUUAUUGGAAAGAUAUGGAAUGUCAGAAACUGGAAUGACUUUGUCUAAUCCUUUGGAUGGCGAACGCAUUCCAGGAACGGUUGGAACACCUCUGCCAGGUGUAGAAGUUCGAAUAACAAAAUCAGAAGCGCAAAGUGGUUCCGAUACGGCAGUUCUUGUUCAUGGAACAUCAGAAAAGAGUAAUGUUGUUUUGAAAUCUUCUGAUCCUGUAUCAGGAGAUCUUCAAAUUAAAGGUCCAACUGUUUUUAAAGAAUAUUGGAAAAGACCAGACGUGACUGCAAAGUCAUUCACAUCUGAUGGAUGGUUUAAAACAGGCGAUACUGUUCAGUAUGAAAAUGGAAUAUAUAAAAUUCUUGGUCGCACUUCAAUUGACAUUAUAAAAUCUGGAGGUUACAAAGUCAGUGCUUUAGAAGUAGAAACAGUAAUUUUGGGUCAUCCUGAUAUUAUCGAUUGUGCAGUUGUUGGAAUUUCCGAUUCAACAUGGGGCCAAAAGGUCGCAGCUGUUGUUGUAUUGAGAGAAAAUACAGAAGUGAUUUUAUCCCAAUUGAGAAUAUUUGGUAAAGAAUCAUUGCCUCACUAUGCAGUGCCCACUGUUUUAAAAGUAGUUGAAAAAAUUCCCAAGAACAAUAUGGGAAAAGUUAAUAAGCCUUAUAUUUUGACAACAAUCUUUGAGGAGAAAUAAUAAGCAUUUUUUGUAUACCAAAAAAGAAAUGGAAUGAUGGAGAACACUGUUUUUUUGACUUUAUAUAAUAUAUUCAUAUAUAUUUUUAGAAUAUGGUGCGUUGUAUAAGAAGAAAAAAAAUCGUAAGUUAUUCGAUAUUCAUUUUUCUUUUGAAAAUUAAUAAUUUCAAUUAUUUAAAAAAAUUGAAAAUGUAAGUCAAUAAGGGAUAACGAAUUAUUUGAGAGUUACUUAAUUUUAUUCAUAAAGCAACAAAUCAAAAUUUGAAAAAAAAAUUUCGUUGAAAUGUUUUCAUUUAAUUUUGUAUAUUGAAUUAAAUGAAAACAAGUUAGCAACGAGCAUUUUUGAUAUUUUGUUUUAAUACAUAGAAAAAUAUUUUUACUACCAAACUUUGUUGAACUUAAAUUUAUUUAGACUGAAGUAAUUGAAUUAUUUGGUAUAUAUAUAAUUCUUGGUGAUAUAAUUUUUUAUAACAUUGGCUGUAAAAUUCUAAUCAGAAAUAUAAUUUUAUUUGAAAAAUAAAAUUAAAUCGAACAAAUUUUAAUAAAAGUAAUUUUUAAUUUUUUUUAGUUUUUAAUAAAAGUAUUUUUAGUUUUUUUACUCAAAAUGAUAAAAAUUAAAAACAUUUCCUGGAUAUCCUAUAAAAAUCUCCAUUAGAACUUUUAAAACCAAUGGCAUUGUUCUGAAAACUAAAUUCAUGCAUUCUUUACAUUUUUUGAAAGUUACGAAUCGUUUGGAAUUUUUUGGAAAAAUGCGCCAGGGUAUAUUAAUCAUUUUUUGCUUUUGUUAAUUUUCAUUUAACCGAAUUUGUUUCAAACAAACGACUUUUAUGUACAUUAUAAUAUUUUUUUAUAAAGAUGAUGAUAAUAAUAAUGAAAGAAGCAUUUUUUUUAAAAAGAGAAGAAAAACAAUUAAUAUUAUAUCUUAAAAGGUGGUCCAUUGACAGUUCUAUUGGUUUCUAUAUCUAUUAAUGACUGUUUUUUCACGUGAAGACUAAAAACAGCCGACAAAAUAUGAAUAGUUCCCGCGCGCACUAUACUCAAGAAUCCCAUCUUAAAUUUCUCCCUCUCUGCGGACAUUUAACAAGCUUACAUCUUCAGUUUUCCAGGAAGGACAACAUUAACGGAUAAGAGAUGAAAUUCCAUGUGUUGAAGAGAUGGCAAAAGCGUAUGCUUCUUCUUCUUCUUCUUCUUUUUCUUAUUAUACCAAAGAUGAGGACGAUCUAUACAUCGCCAAUUUUUGUCUGUUCAAAAGGACAUGAAAGAAGCCGAUCAAAAAAUCCAGGAUCCAAUUCUUCCAGGGGGGUCUCCUCCUCGAAACCGGAUGGAGGUUUCGUUUAUGCAAGAUUAUUCAGCCCGAGAGAGUGAGAGAGAGAGAAGGCAAAAAUUCUUCUUCAGGUGGUUAAAAGUUUUCCUCUUCUUCUUCUUCUUCUUCAUAUAUCCUUUUUUUUAGAUGGAAAUUCUGUUGCGACAUAUAUAACAUAUAUUACAAAGAGAGCCGAUGAGAGAUCGCCGGGUGUGCAACCAAAAGGAACACCCGGGGGUUAAAAGCGGUAAUGUCGGGCGUUAAGAGAGAUUUUUCGUUUUCAACAUUCUUCCUACCUGAAAUUUUGUCAUUAAGACAGCGGGACCAUAAUGGACGAGUGAAUGAGUGGAGAACUCUAAAAUCGUGUUGCCGGGAAAGAAGAAGAAGAACAAGAAGAAGAUGAUGUAAAAAAAAAGUAGAAAA